AUGUUGCGUCGCACCCUGCCAUUCGCCUUCGCGUAUGCGAAGUGCCCUCCCAUCGUGAAUGAACCGAUGGACGCGUUUGAGCCGGGUUCGGCCUCCGCGAACGGCACGCUGGAGGCGUGCAAGCGCCUGCGUGGCGGCGUCACCGAUUGUCCAAUCGUCAUUGGUGGGAAAGAGUACCGCACAGAUAGCGUCAUCCGCCGCAUGAUUCCAUCUGAUCACCAGCACCACCUUGCAACGGGAUACAAUGCGACGCCCGACUUGGCACGAAAGGCCGUAAACACCGCCCUCGAGGCCUCGCAAACGUGGAGCCAGACCCCGUUCCGCGACCGCGCGGCCAUCUUCCUCCACGCGGCACACCUUAUAUCGACGAAGUACCGUCACGAGUUGCGCGCGGCGACGAUGCUGGGGCAGAGCAAAAACCCAUUCCAGGCGGAGAUUGACGUGAUUGCUGAGUCGUGCGACUUUUUGCGCUUCUCUGUGAAAUUUGCAGAGGAGCUGUACCACAAUCAGCCACUGUCACCGAGCAGUGGGUCUAUUUGGAACUCGCUCGACUACCGUCCGCUCGAAGGCUUUGUGACGGCUAUUGCACCGUUUAAUUUUUCUGCUAUUGCUGCAAAUCUUGUCGCAUGUCCUGCAUUAAUGGGAAAUGUUGUGUUGUGGAAGCCGUCGCCCAACGCGGUGCUGUCCAAUUAUGUGCUCUACAAAGUAUUUGAGGAGGCCGGUCUCCCCGCUGGUGUGGUAAACUUCAUUCCGUGCGAACCGGACGUCAUGUGUGAAACCGUGAAUUCUCACCCUGACCUCGCCGGCGUCGCCUUUACCGGCUCUACAAAGGUGUUUAUGUCAAUUAACAAACAGAUAUAUUCCCAAUUGGAGGAGUACCGCAAUAUCCCGCGCAUCAGCGGUGAAACAGGCGGGAAAGAUUUCCACUUGAUUCACCCAUCAGCUGACAUGAAACAAGCUGCGGCGCUAACCGUGCGUGGUGCGUUUGAAUAUCAAGGACAGAAGUGCAGCGCGACGUCUCGGCUGUAUGCCCCGAAGAGCCGGUGGGAAGAGCUAAAGGGGUACAUGCUUGAAGUGCAUGGUCAACUCAAGAUAGGGCAGCCCGACGACUUUCAGAGCUUCAUGUGCGCUGUUAUUGACGAGACUGCCUUUGACCGAAACAAGAAAUACAUUGACAUUGCCAAGGCGGACAAGGCUAAUUACACUAUUCUCGCUGGGGGCGAAUGUGAUAAGUCUCAAGGAUGGUUUGUGCAACCAACAAUCAUUGAGGCGAAGGACGCCCAGGCACAACUCCUGCGGGAGGAAAUCUUUGGCCCUAUACUGACAGUGUACGUGUAUGACGACAGUAAUCCAGGUUACUGGCCUGAUGUGUGUGAUAUCGUCAACCGCACCACUAAGUACAGUCUCACGGGGAGUAUUUUUGCUCAAGACCGUGAGGCUAUUCGUCACGCCACGUCGAAACACCUGCGUUAUGCGGCGGGCAAUUACUACAUCAACGAUAAAUGCACAGGUGCUGUUGUGGGCCAGCAACCGUUUGGUGGCGCACGUGCGAGCGGGUCAAAUGACAAGCCUGGCAGCCCACUUUUCUUGACGCGGUGGGUGUCGGCGCGCACGAUCAAGGAAAACUUUGACCACACCUCGCAGGUGUCGUACCCCCACCAACUGCCAGACAACGUGGCUGUGUAA